AUGGGUAGGCGCUGCUGCUGGCGGCGACGCGUGUCGGUGGCCGCGUGUCUGGGCGCCGCUCUCCUGCUCCUGUGCACCGCGCCGCGCGCCCUGCGUUCCGCAUUUCAAAACAAGGCCCUGGGCUCCAGCUGGCUUGGAGGAGUGAGGAAGAGUCCCCUGCAGCUGCUGCGUGACCUGGAGCAGGGUCCGCGCUCGGCGUUGGCAGAGGUGCACCAGCAGCGACGCGACCUGCUGCGCGGGGCCUGCAGCCGCCACACGCGCCGGCAGCGCUUGCUGCGGCCCGAGGACCUGCGGCACGUGCUGGUGGACGACGCGCACGAGCUGCUGUACUGCUACGUGCCCAAGGUGGCCUGCACCAACUGGAAGCGCGUGCUGCUGGCGCUGGGUGGCCGCGCGCGCGGAGACCCCCGCGCCAUCCCCGCGCACGAGGCUCACGCGCCGGGCCUCCUGCGCUCGCUGGCCGACUUCGACCCGGCGGAGAUCAACCGGCGCCUGCGCAACUACCUGGCCUUCCUGUUCGUGCGCGAACCCUUCGAGCGCCUGGCGUCGGCCUACCGCAACAAGUUCGCGCGGCCCUACAGCGCGGCCUUCCAGCGGCGCUACGGCACGCGCAUCGUGCGCCGCCUGCGGCCGCACGCUGACCCCGAAGCGCUGGCCCGCGGCCACGACGUGCGCUUCGCUGAGUUCCUGUCCUACCUGCUGGACCCGCGCACGCGCCGCCUCGAGCCCUUCAACGAGCACUGGGAGCGCGCGCACGCGCUCUGCCACCCGUGCCGUCUGCGCUACGACGUGGUGGGCAAGUUCGAGACCCUGGCCGAGGACGCGGCCUUCGUGCUGGGCUUGGUGGAUGCUCCGGGCCUGCGCUUCCCCGCGCCGCCACCGCGGCCCAAGGCCGUCCCCGCGCGCGAACAAGCCAAGCGUCUCUUCCAGGACAUCAGCCCCUUCUACCAGAGGCGCCUCUUCGACCUCUACAAGAUGGACUUCCUGCUCUUCAACUACUCCGUCCCCUCCUACCUGCGGCUGCAUUAG